CAUGCCACGAGUCGCAACACGACUGUGAUCCCGGGUGCACGCAUCGCACCCCUCGUUCGUAAACACAACGCGCUUCGGGCGCUCCGACGAAAACGACUCUCACUCGGUCGUCGGUUACGAAAAAUAAAAAAAUGAGACGAGCCGAAAGCGAGAGUAACGUGCGUACGUCCGUCGCGUAAAUACGCCGUCCACAAAAAGUUCGGCCGUCAGUGAAACUAGUGAAAAGUUUUUUCGCCGCGAACGGGGCAGCCACCCCCCGACGCCGGAAAAAUCGGCCCCUCACCUCGCGUCCCACACCCGCCGUCACCGAACUUUUCAUUCACCGGGGAAAAAAGUGUGGCAAGGCCGCCCGUGACGUCACCGCUUUAAGUGGCCACGCGCCCGUUCCCUAGCAACGGGCUGUCAUCUCGUCAACCCUCCUUGCGAAACUUAUACAAGAUAAUCCACUUAAUGUUUAACUAUGACGCGAUGAUGAAGAUGUUACGCGGGGACAGUAUCACAGAGCGAUGAGUUUCUUUAAAAAGCAGUGUGUGUUGUGAUGUAGCAAUCGUUUGUAAAAAGUUGACUCUAUGUGUAGCACACAGCGCGCACGGGUGUCUAGGAUGCACCUGACGGGUGCUAACAGCGGCGCCGUGUCGCCAGACACGAGCUCUACGCUGCUCCACGAAACCUACACUAAGAUGACCUCUGAUAUCCUAGCUGAGAGAACGUUGGGUGAUUUUUUAUCAGAACACCCUGGCGAACUAGUCAGGACCGGUAGCCCUCACUUCGUCUGUACAGUAUUACCGCCGCAUUGGCGGUCAAACAAGACUUUGCCUGUGGCGUUCAAGGUGGUGGCGCUAGGAGACAUCGGCGACGGCACGCUGGUCACAGUUCGCGCUGGCAACGACGAAAAUUGUUGUGCAGAGUUAAGGAACAGUUCGGCAGUGAUGAAGAAUCAAGUCGCCAAGUUCAAUGAUUUGAGGUUCGUCGGCCGCAGCGGUCGCGGUAAAUCAUUCACCUUGACGAUUACGGUUUCCACUACCCCACCUCAAGUGACGACGUACAACAAAGCCAUCAAGGUGACGGUUGACGGACCGAGGGAGCCACGUUCAAAGACCAUGCUGUCUCUCCUAGGGCAGCAGCAGCAGUUCCACUUCGCCUUCGGCCAGCGUCCGUUUCCCUUCCCGCCGGAUCCACUCGGCGGGUUCAGAAUGCCACCGAUCACAACUUGUCAGAACAUGAGUCAGUUUGGGUUGAGUUCGAGCAACACCCACUGGGGCUACGGCGGUGCGAGCGCAUACCCAGCCUAUCUCCCAUCAUGCGCGGCACCAGCGGCAUCUCAAUUCAACCCUCCGGCUUUAGGCUUCGCGGGAACUGUUCCCGAUCAAACCGCAACGCAAGAUUUUACGGCUAAUAAUACAGUUCUACCUGACACGACCGGAGUGGACUUAGAUCAGCAGCUUUCCGGCUUAGUCGGCUCGUCACCUUCGCAUCACGGCACUCUACUGCCUCGCUACAACAACAACGCCGACUACAGUCUCUCUACUGGACCGAGGUCGUUAAGCGAUAACAGCUCGCAACCCGAAUCACCGGUCCAAGACGACCUACUCACCUCAAACACGACGAACAUCGGCCACAAUCACUCGAACAGUUCAAACUUCCCCUCGCUAAUGGGAUCCCAAAACUCGUCGUACGGGAGCAGUAAUUGCAACAAUUCCCUCUAUCCGGUCCUCCCUGCGAGUUUGCUGUACAGCCAAUUGUAUACGGCGGCGAACCAAACGCACAAUUUUCACCCGCUUCACUCAAAUUCGAUUCACUCGACCCAAAACCAUCAUAACGAAUUACAGACGAUGAUGGAUCAGAUCUCGUCGACGACAAACAAUCAUAGGCAGCACGGAAACCAGGAUUUGUUGUUAGGGGGAAGUAGUUCGUGUGCGGCGGCGGCGGCAAGAGGAGAAGACGGUAGAGUUAACAAUCUAGGACAGCGCGGUAACCCUCAACCUGACAGCAACACAGUGUGGCGACCCUACUAAAAGCAGAUUGACACUUCUUUCUUUUAUUAAGACUAUGACUGACACGUAAAGUAGUGCCCCGGGAACUUAGUAGUGAAGCACUUUAAAUGUUUUACAUUUUUAUAGCCGAAGAAAGAAGCUGUCAUUUAAAAUUGCAACGAAACAAAUUUACGACUUAAGUGUAAUUAAGUGUAAAUGUGCGAAAAAUCGAGUAGUGAAAUUUUACGUGACGUAAUUAGAAGUUCACACCCGUCCGAAGAUAUAUACGAGUUUUGUAACUAUGAAAUUAAUGUUAUUUUACGUUUCAAUUUACUUAUAGGACUGUUCAAAGAUAACGUUGUAUUGUGUUUUCAGCGGUAACAAUAACAGUUUUGAACGUCGAACCGUUUAUUUGUUUUGGCAAUUACAAUUUGUAAAUACGUAUUUGUGAAUAAAAAAUGUAAAAAUGCAUCUUGUAAAGUGCAAUAGA